AUGCGAGAGGGCGACGCCGUGAUUGCCGUCAUGGGCAUGACGGGCUCGGGGAAAAGCACCUUUAUCUCGUACUUUUGCGAUACCGCCGCUGCCGGCCACGGCUUGCGCUCCGUGACGGCGCAAGUGGAAGCGCACGUCUCGCUCAUCUUAGUCGACACGCCGGGGUUCGACGACACGACGCGGUCCGACACGGAGGUUCUGCGCGAGAUCGCCAGCUGGCUGGCCGUGACGUACGCGCACGACAUCAAGCUGGCGGGGGUGGUGUACCUGCACGGGAUCCAGAUGCCGCGCGUGGGCGGGCCGGCACACACCAACAUGCGGCUGUUCCGCGACCUGUGCGGCGAUGAGUCGAUGGCGUCGGUGGCCCUGGUCACGACGCACUGGUCGCGGUCGUCUGAGGAGCGCGUCGCGCAGCAGCAGCGGUACGACGAGCUCGUCAGCGACGACGCCUUCUGGCGCGGCAUGGUGCAGCGAGGGGCGCGCGCCUUCAAGCACGACCGCGGCCCGAUGUCGGCGCGCCGCAUCGUCGAGCACCUGCUAGGCCGCGAUGCCGAGGUCAACGACGGGCGUGGCAUCGGGCUGCGUGUGCAGCGCGAGAUAGCGGGCGGCGCCACGCUAGACCGCACUGCCGUUGGCGUGGCCAUAGAGGCGCGCAUCGAGGCCAUGCAGGCCGCUUACGAGUCGCAGCUAGGCGACCUGCGGCGCGAGCUAGACGAUGCGAGGCGCGCGACGCAAGUCAACGAGCGCAAUAUUGACGAGAUUGUCGAGGAGCGCCGGGCCCUGGAGGGCCGCUUGAGGGACGAGCAAAGGAAGCGCCGUCGGCUGAGGGUCGACCUGGAACGGCUGCACCAGGAGCGCAGCGCCGACCUGCAGAGGGAGGCUGAGAACGUGAGCCGGAUGCUGGAGGAACGCAUCGCGGCCAUCAUUGCUGAGAAUCCCCGAGGUCUAGAUCAGCGGGUUGCGAGGGAACGGGUGCAGCGGGAGAGGAGUAGAAGGAGGAGGUACAAACAGGGGCAAGGGUGUUUCGUCAUGUAA